UUUAGCCGUGAAGAAGUGAAUAGCGUGGAAACAAGUUUUUCUUUACAGCACAGCAUUCACAUAUUAUUGCUUGGCUUUGUUGUUGUUGCGGUUGUUGAAUAUCCACAUAAAGCCACACAUGAAUAGAAAUCUUUUGGAAAAAUUAUAAAAUUUCAUAAAAUUCAUGAUGAGACGGAAAAAAAGCUAAUCAGCACCAAUAAUAAUAUCAAAAAAGACGAAGCUAAAAAAUAAUUAGUGGAAGUGAUCGAAAGGAUUUUGUGAAUUGGAUUAAAAAAUUAAAAUUGUCAAAAAUGCCUUUAAUGGAAAGUACAACGGAAUUAAAAUUCUUCAAAUGUCUUGUGUAUUUUUACGUGAUACUUUUAUCGCUCUCUGGUGGACUUCAAAUAUUUUUUGGAGCAACAUUUGCAUGGAAUCAUCUUUCUUAUUCUUUAGUAUUAGCAAAUAACUUUUGGAUACCGUCAACAAUUCUCUUGUGUUUGGGUCCAGUUACUUAUCUCCUUUGUUGGUUGGGAUGGAAUGCAGUAAGCAAAAGGAAUAGGAAUUUCUUAAGAAUUUUUACAGCUCUUUUGGUGAUAUUAGUUUGUAUACAAUUUGGACUCUCAGCAUGGUCACUAGCCUUGCGCGAAAAGCUUCCAGGAGCUUCAAAAUAUCCACUUGAUUCAUCAUUUGAAGAUUUCAAACUCAAUAUGGGUGAACAUACACACAUUUGGCAUAAGAUGCAGUAUGAGCUGCAAUGUUGUGGAGUCUAUGAGCUUACAGAUUAUUAUCGAACAGGAAGUUCACAUUCGGGAGUUCCUUGGAGUUGCUGUUCAAUUCCUAAACAAUCAGAACACACAGCAUGUCAAUCAUUUCAUCAACGUGGCUGCAUGCAUGUUCUUAGUGACACAAUUCGUGAACGAUUAUUUCAUGUCUCUAUUGUGCUGAUUAGUGCAGCCAUUGUCCAAUCGAUGGGACUUUUCUGCAUUAUUCAGUUGACUAUUCUACUACAUGACGAGGAUAAGAAGUCUAAUGAUCAAACAGAUAUGCCAUCAACAAGUAAUCGUUCGCGAGAAAGAAGAGAACGUCGGAAUAAAGAAUUACUGCCAUUGGCACAAACCUCAAAAGUGCCUGACAAUCAGAAAUAUUGAAAAUUAGAUUAAUUAAACGAAGAUUUUUUUAGACGAUAAGAUCUCGAAUUCAGUCGAUAAUUUCGAACUUAACUUACGCAAUAAAUCCCUAAUUGUUUUUUUGUUUACUUAUGAUUAAUUGAUGUAAAAAAAAAAAAAGGAAUAAUAACCAAUCAUAAUUAAUUUUCUUGGAAAAUUAGCUUUAAAAAAUAAAGACAAGUCG